CCUGGAGGGACCGCGAGACCGUCAGCCGUGGCGACGCAUCCCGGAGCGUCUGGGCUCUGGAGAACGUUUUAGUUCAAGGAUAGUCCUUGUUUCAAACCACCCCACCCUCCAAACCCAUUCUUUUAAAGUAUAUUAAAUAUUCAGUCGUUCCUUUCUUUCUCUUAAUACGUCACUAUUGCCAAAGGGACCAGCUGGAGUGGCGGUGCCCUCAGCACGUAAAGCAGAAGAUAACCUCUGUACUGCAGCACGGGAUGCGAACUAAGGAUAAUGACAGUAUUUGGUCUAGAAGAGCAACUACCUCUUACAGAAAAUUAUUGCCGUGUGGGGCACGUUAUACAACCAGAGGGCAAAUGCAGCUAUUUUCCCCUUCAGCUCUGCAGGCCAAUGCAGUUAGAUAAUGAAAUAGUCUCCAGUUUGCCCUUACAGAUGUCCCUGUAUUUCAACCUGUGGUUCUUCCCUUUUUGGUGGGCAAGCAGUAUUGCCAUGUUGCAGCUGAAGUAUUCAGUCUUACCAGACUACUACAAAUUCAUCCUUGUGACAAGCAUUAUAUUAACAUCUUUAAUUGAGGUUAUACGUCUGUACCUUGGAUACAUGGGAAAUUUGCAGGAGAAGGUUCCUGAACUAGCUGGGUUUUGGCUCCUGAGUCUCCUUUUGCAAGUGCCCUUAAUUCUUUUCCUACUUUUAAAUGAAGGACUGAAGAUUCAACCUUUGGAACGAGCAGUAAACAUUAUUUUUGUAGUAUUUCUUGUCUUCCAAGUUAUUUCUGCAUUCCUUGCCCUCAAAAGAAUGGUGAACCAACUGGCCACUCGUUUCCAUCUUCAUGAGUUUGACCGGCUAGAUGCUCAUCUUCCCUCUGAUAACUUAGCCUGGCAAACAAGAAGACUGGAAGCUCCAGGGAUUAUGGGACAAAAAGUGGAAGAAUUUCAUUCAACAACUGGUGUUUGGGGAUCUGCAGUGAGAGCUUGAUGGGACACAGAGCAACCACACAUUGAUGCUCCUCUACUUGUUGCCUUAACUAUGUGUGUUUUAGAGAAUCUGAUUUAGAAAUUCACCUUGUUCUGGAUAGUGCAAACUAAGAGGAGUGUUAUCAACAAGAUAUUCACUGUAGACUGAUUCUGAUGCAGUGGGAAGUGCUAGGGAAAAAAUUGCCAUUGGAUAGUACAUCUGCCCAUCUUUUGCAAGCAUGAUUUUUGAGCAGAUACAUCUUCCACCCAUUCCUGCUUAUGUUAUCUAUUUUAUGGAAUCCAUAUUGAUAUGGCCUUAAUCUGUUAUCCUUCAACAUGUAUUCAUAUCCGGACAUUUUUCAGUGGAGAAAAAAAUAUGUUUGAAUCAGCAUUCAGAUUUCACAAUCCUUUAUGGACACCUGGAAUGUGAUUAAGGUUUUCUAAACAAAAUUGGUUUUAUUUUAUUUGAAGAUACUAUGGGACUAUU